UUCCCUUUAGUGGAUGUUUGUAACUCGCACACGUGUGCACUAUUAGUCUCACCUGCAGCAUCACACGGAAAGCAUCAUGUUCGAAGCAGGAAGUGUUCUCGGUAGCUUUGUUAUGCUAGUAGGAGUAUAUGCUUCUGUCCAGUAUCUGUUUGAUAAUUUAUAUUCUCCGUUCGAAAUAAUUUGGAACGUGCUGUUCGGGAAGCGUGAACCAUUUUAUGAACGAUACGGGAAAUGGGCCGUUAUUACAGGAUCAUCCGAUGGAAUAGGCAAAGAAUAUGCAAUGAAUCUAGCUCGCAAAGGAAUGAAUAUAAUGCUAAUUUCUAGAACUGACGCCAAGCUAGUUCAAGUGGCUAAGGAUAUUAAAUCCAAGUAUAAAGUCGAAGUGAAGUGGAUAGCUGUUGACUUUUCCGCAAGUGCACAAGUUUACGAAAAAAUUCAGCAAGAACUUGCAGAAAUAGAGAUUGGUAUGCUGGUGAACAAUGUUGGAAUGGCCCACGAGCACCCGCUUUCACUUGAACAAUUGUCGAAGCGAGACAUUGAGCAAUCCAUCACGGUCAAUAUUUUUCCAACGGUUAUGUUAACUUACAUGAUACUACCCCAAAUGAAACUACGUCACCGAGGAAUAGUGGUGAAUAUAAGCUCAUCAUCUGGUCAUUUGCCAUUGCCUUAUCUGCAGAUGUAUUCCGCCUCAAAAUCAUUCGUAAACAGUCUUACGUUGAGUUUACAGCAGGAGCUUCGAGGAACUGGGGUCGAAUGCCAAUUAGUGAGCCCGAUGUUUGUCAAUACGAACAUGACCGAGAAAUGGCAAUCGAUGGGAUUUUGGAAGUUGGUCACAUCCGAUGUUGAACGCUACGCACGAAUGGCAGUUUGGACGAUUGGAAAAACCGAGGUCACUACAGGCUACUGGUACCAUGCGUUGCAGAUAACAUUACUGAGGAUUCCCCCAAGAUGGAUGCUAACAACUUUCGAUGGGAUUAUGUUAAGGCGUUUAAAAAAUAGUGUAAACAAGAAAGAGCGUUGAGUCAUGCUAAAUAUGUAAGUCUGAUUAGUUUUGACUUUAAUAUUGAAUUGUAUGUAACAAUUACAAAGCCUUAUGCUAUCAAACAGUAGUUGAUUUUCUUUAACAAAACUCCUGUUUUAUUAUUUUUAUUGAAAGAUGUUAUACCAUGCAAGACCCAACCAAAUAAUAACCAUUUUUACUCUCAACGCUUAUUGCAUAAAAAAUAAAAGAUAUUUCAACUCGAUAUUCGUCUUCAAAUUGAAGAUUUAGUCAAAGUAUAAAUCACUUGAAUAUAUGUUUAAAAAGUUAUAUU